AACAAAACACCGCGCCUGUGCGGUGGAGCCUCGAUCGGCGUGGUGGUGAUAUCGCGAGGCUCAGAGAUUACUUCGUGCCAGUGCGGUGUAGGGGUGGCGGCAGGGCGUGUCGAUCGGUGCUGUGGUGAGAGGUGAUGUAUUAGCGGCACCGGUGUGCAGCAGCCUUGUUGUGGUGUUCCCUUACGACACUGCCGUCCAAACCAUGCGGCUGCUCGCGGUAGCACUCGCCGUGGCUUUGUGUUCCGUAGCGCUCGCAAAUAAACAGAAGAAAAGCUACGAUGGAGAUUUCUUGUUUGAGGAAGAUGACUGGAAACAGAAGAAAGAAAAGCCUGCUGUGAAAACGUGGAUCUGGGACCCCGAAAACGGGCUCUGCUCGGCGCUGGAGUGCCGCAGCAGCGAGAUGUGCCUGCUGGAGGACUCCUUCACGGCCGUCUGUGUCAGCAGGUCCGAGCUCAAGACCAAUGGGGACCGGAUCAUCAGCCGCCAGCUGGCCGAGGACGAACACCUCAUCAAGUCUGAGCCCUUCACCAGCGAGGGAGAGGAUGACAUCGACGACGACGAGGACGAGGACGACGAGAUCGACCUGGACGAGGAUGAGGACGAGGACGAGGAUGAGUACGAGUACGACGAGGAUGAAGACGAGUAUGACGACGAAAAGGAUGAGGAUGAUGACGAGGAUGCCGACGUGGCGAGGGAGGUGCAGAAAGUGAAAGAGUGCCGAGAGUGCCCUUACACUCACCCGACCGUGUCGACCUACAUCUGCGGCACCGACAACCGCACGUACAGCUCGCUGUGCCGGCUGGAGCAGCACAACUGCAUCCACGACUCCCUCGUCACCACCGACUGCAAGGGCUUCUGUCCGUGCCGCGUGCCCGGCUCCUACUGGCGUCGGAAGCAGAAGCAGCGGGACCGACUGGCGCGGCCUGAGUUCAGCAGCCACCAGAAGAAGCUGGCCAAGACCCGGCUGAAGAAGAAGUACGAUAAGUACAAGCAGGACCAGAAGAGCUACAACAACGUCAAAUACUAUCCCAAGAACACCGGCAAAAGCUACAAGCACCAAACUAGCGCAGAGUGCUCAAAGGAGGAUCUGGACUCGAUGGGCUCCCGUCUGGUAGACUGGUUUGUCGUUCUCAAGGCCACCAGUGGCGGCGCAAAGCCCAAGAGGAAGCAUCACAAGUACUAUAGCACUCACUUCCCGUCCGACUGCAAGAAGAUGGCCCAGUGGAUGUUCCUGCACCUGGACACGGACGCCGACACGCAGCUGACGCAGCGCGAGCUGUUCGCGGUCGAGCGCGACCAGCACGAGCGCUGCCUGAAGCCCUUCCUCGACCGCUGCGACCUCAACGUGGACAUCUUUUUGACGACGCGCGAGUGGUGCCGCUGCUUCGAGACGGUCGACACGCCCUGCAAGAGCCGCACCGCCGACGACGGAGUCCGGCCCGGCGCGUACCUGCCCUCGUGCGACUCGGACGGCUUCUACCGGCCAACUCAGUGCCACGGCAGUCAGUGCUGGUGCGCGGACCGGUACGGUGUUGAGCUGAAGGGUACUCGGGGACGCCGAGGCACCACGCGCUGCGAUGGCGACAACGCGCGAUACGACGCCGACUUCAACGUGGCGGACGAGGAUGACGAGGACAACUACGUCAUCGACGGUAGCGGCGACGGCCUGCAGGAGUUCUAACUCCCUCGUCUGGGGUCUGAGGCGCCCUCCUUCGGCCUUCCCCCCCCCCCUCUCCGGCGGCGGCGGCGGCUCCCACGCCGCUGUCGCCGUGCCUGUGACGGCAGCUCGCGCGACCCCUGUGUGGCGCCGCUCGGCAGCGUCAGACGAGCGUGGCGCGCGGCGGCCGCCCGCCACGGCGCGUGUGUGUGAUCUUGUCACCUUCUCGUCCCCUGCUCUGUCCCCUCGGCGGUUCUUGGCGAACCCGGACUGUGGCGCCGCGCCGACGUCUCGCUCAGCUCCGCCCCGGACCCGCCGGCGGUCCGGACGGCUGCCGGCGCGCGCUGACGCUCCACUGCGAGGGCGGCGUCCUCGGCCUGCGGCGCGGGAGACGCGUCCUCGGGAGGAACGUGCGGUCCCCCUCCUCGUCCUCUCGGCGCGGAGGGCGGCGUCCUCGGGAGGGACGUGCGGUCCCCCUCCUCCUCCUCUCAGCGCGCGCCCCGGCUCCUCUAGACGGCAGCCAGCGCUUGGUGUUUGUGUGUUAGAGCAUACGCUGCCCCGUGAACCGCUUAGCCAGGUGCUCAGAGCGCCAGGAUUAUCGUAGGGGCACCCUAGAGACGACGCCGCCGGGGCUGUCUGGCUUGAACGACAUCUGUUGCAUUCCAGCGAGGUACAAUAUGUUCUACUUAUUUGUGAGGCGUUUAUUCUCAACGGAAUCGUGCCAUGGAGUAAUAUACUACUAACAAUACAUG